UAUUAGCUUUCUUACGUGAGAUGAUAAUGUGUAAACUUUGAAUUCUACUAACCACACAAAUGUCUAUAGGCUUGAGUAGCCUACAGUGGCAAGUGGGAGAACAGGGGAAAGUUAACGACUGGAGUCCCUGGGGGAUCGUUUUUACUGUUGCAACUACAAUACAUCGCCGGUUAGUAAAUUGUUGCAGUGUGUGCAUGUGAGCGGCAACUGAAGGAGAGAAGUGUAUCUUCUCCUUUAGAUGGGGUUCCGGGCGGAUAGUCUGAUCUGACAUCCGUGCAACGAGUUACUUGAGAACAAAGGUAUGCAACAGAAAAACGUCGCUGUCACGACCAAAUUUGAGGGCUCGGCACUGAUAACUCUCAUCGCCAAAAGGCGCGGAGAAGGUGGCUGGGCUAGACACAAGCGUCGUUUUGAUGAGUGGGAAGUCGGUCAGGCAAACCCGGACAGGACAAUACACGGCCGGGAUUGCCCGCGGGGGUAAAUCAGAACGGAGUAGCGUAUAAUCUAUGUGCAUCUAGGUGCAGCACCGGCUUUCAUUACUUCGGGUUUAGAACCUCUCUACUAACCUGGAUUGAAAUCGAGAUGAUGGCUCUCCAUACAGGCACAGUGGACAGAAUGCACAGCGGUUUUGCACCGAGACACGUGUUGAUUUCUCUCCUGCUGGUGUACAUAACAUGUGAAGUGGGCCUCGGCCAGACCACAGCGGAGGCACUGCAAGAGGCGGAGGCUAAUGACAACAUCACAGUCUUCACGCGGAUACUGGAUGGACUUUUAGACGGCUAUGACAACAGACUCAGACCAGGACUAGGAGAAAAGGUCACAGAGAUCAAAACCAAUAUAUUUGUCACAAGCUUUGGCCCAGUUUCAGAUACUGAAAUGGAGUACACCAUCGACGUGUUCUUCAGACAGAGCUGGAAAGACGAGCGUCUCCGUUUCCAGGGUCCCAUGGAAAAGCUGGCCCUGAACAACCUGCUGGCCUCAAACAUCUGGACCCCGGACACCUUCUUCCUGAACGGGAAGAAGUCCAUCGCCCACAACAUGACCACGCCCAACAAACUGCUGAGGCUACAGGACGACGGGACCCUGCUCUACACCAUGAGGUUGACCAUAUCAGCGGAGUGUCCGAUGCAACUGGAGGACUUCCCUAUGGAUGCUCACGCUUGCCCUUUGAAGUUCGGAAGCUAUGCCUAUCCGGUCUCUGAGGUGGUCUACCUGUGGCAGACCGGUGCCGCCACGUCCGUGGUGGUGGCAGAGGAGGGCUCCCGUCUCAACCAGUACCACCUGGUCGGCCAGACAGCAGACUCUGAGGACGUCCACACCAGUCGCGGUCAGUACACCGUCAUGAUGGCCCACUUCUACCUGAAGCGGAAUAUUGGUUACUUUGUCAUCCAGACCUACAUGCCCUGCUUCAUGACUGUGAUCCUGUCUCAAGUCUCCUUCUGGCUCAACCGUGAAUCUGUACCUGCCAGGACAGUGUUUGGUGUCACUACGGUGUUGACCAUGACCACUCUCAGUAUCAGCGCCCGCAGCUCGUUGCCCAAGGUGGCCUACGCCACGGCCAUGGACUGGUUUAUCGCCGUGUGCUACGCAUUUGUCUUCUCCGCGCUCAUCGAGUUCGCCACCGUCAACUACUUCACCAAAAGGAGCUGGGCGUGGGACGGCAAGAAAGCGAUGGAAGCCCAGCAUCCCAAGCAGAAAAGGGACCCAAUGGUGCUGUCUAAGAAGCCCAACAAUGCCUGUUCAGGGGUGAACUUCACCCCCAACAUCACCAAGGACAUCGCUAUCUCCACCAUUUCCAACAGCACCUCCAUUCAACUGAGGCCAUCCGAAUCUAAAGUUCCGGACCCCAAGAAAACCUAUAACAGUGUGAGCAAAAUCGACAAAAUGUCCCGGAUAGUUUUCCCUGUUCUCUUCGGAACCUUUAAUCUGGUGUACUGGGCUACGUACCUCAACCGAGAACCUGUCAUCCAAGGAGUGAACAUACUGGUUCCAACAUAGUUUUCGUUGUAAUCACAUGACCGUACCUUCAACCAUCUUGGCCUACAAACUGCUAGAGAAAAUGCUAUCACAGGAGGGGAGAUGCUAUCGGUUCUGUCUUUCUCAUACUGUAAUUUGCAUGAAGCUUUUAGAGAGAUACUCUUACCAUCGUUGCCUUGGUAUUCCCUCUCUAUACCUACUGUACAUAGCUUUAAUUCAAAUAUAGCAUUUUGAAAGUGAAAAUCUAUGACAUUUUGAAAGUUAAUAUAUCGACAGGAACCUUUUUUGAAAUGCUGCAGAGUGGACGUUGGUCCACCUCAAAUGAGUUGAAAACUGUCAUGGCAUUUAUGUUGCUGUGGUUACAGAAGUACUGUAAAUGAUACCCUAGUAACAUGGUAUGAUACCCUAGUAACAUGGUAUGAUGCCCUAGUAACAUGGUAUGAUGCCCUAGUAACAUGGUAUGAUGCCCUAGUAACAUGGUAUGAUACCCUAGUAACAUGGUAUGAUGCCCUAGUAACAUGGUAUGAUGCCCUAGUAACAUGGUAUGGAAAAAGGGACCUGGAGGGGACAAUGUUUAGGAAUGUGGAGAAUAAAUGUAAAGUUUGUUACAUACUGCUGCCAACUCUAUCUCUAUGUUGUUCUAAAUGUGUCCUUUUUGCUUAUCUCACACGUACUGUAUGUAAAAUGGAAAACUGAACUCUUUAAUACCUCUAUAUGUAUAAUGUACAGAAUAAUCCGUUGACAAAUGUCUAACUGUGGAGACAGAUGCAAAAUAGGUCAGCAACUUUAACGGCCCUGUAGAGUCUAAACAUUGUAGUGAUACAGUUGUGGAUUUAAAUUACUUUCUCAAUUUGCAAUGUGAAUGUUGACCCUAACCUAGAAGAAUCAGAUGCCUUCUUUGAAGCAUUGAGCUCUCAUUUGGGGUAAGAGGCUGGACUGAUACUGUAACAGCUGUUUAGGGUUUCAGUUCAUAUAUCAUCAAACACAGAGAAAUCAGUGUGACACAGGAAGGCAUCUGCCCAGUAAGAGUUUCUAUUUUAUUCUGCUUCAAAACAUUUUGCCACAGUGGACCUUAGUAAACACAACCCAACCCUCCUAUGUAUCAUCGUCCUACUGUCACUUUGCCCUGACUGAAUUGGCCCCAGUCCACUGAGUUGUGUUAGGACAUACUUAUCCUGGGUUAAUGUGCCUGUACCUGUUCAACACUGGCCCCUGGAGAGAGAACCAAGCAUCUGAGACAUGCCGCCCACUAGCCUUCCCGGCCAUCAGCGCUUUGUUCAGGCUAUGGGAACUAAUGUGAGGAGGGCUCUGGGACAUGGUGGCACCGCCCCUUUUUUGUAACCGUUUUUUAAAGAAAGAAAGAGGAAAUAUUAAAUUCCAGCGAAAACUGGGGUAGAGGAACAUUUUCUAGUGAAGAUGGAUAUACAGUUACAAAACCUGCUGAUCCUGAGAAUCAUAUGAACUUAGUAACACGGAGCAGCCACUGACAGACGGAGUGGAUGGAUAAAUAUGGAUCUUAUGAUUGUUUAAUAAUUGUGACAGUUGGAUACUUUGAAUGUAACCGACUGCAGUUGUUGAAGUGCCAUGUUGUAGGUAACACAUUAAAUACCUUACAUGC